UGCUAGAAGAGAGAGGACACGAAACGUUUUUAUGUCUCUCUCUCUCUCUUUCUCUCACUUUUCUCCUUUUUUCGUUAUUCUUUUUCUCCCAAUGUGUCAGUGAAUAUGUGUGAAUAUGUUCUGUAGCAUCUAUCCAAAAAAGAAUAUCUAAAUGUUACGCUCGUGAAUUAUCUAAGGAAUUGUUAUCGUUUGUUGAGAGAGAGAGAGAGCAACGAGGGGGGAAAAAGUCUUUGUUGAAAACACGUGGCUGGUGAUCGGCCAUUAAAAGAAAGAAAAGAGGGGGGAAGCAAAAGAAUUUCGCACAAACACGUGUUGAUGCAACAUUGUUCGAAUGAGUCACAGAUUGCUCAGCAUCAAGUAACGUUCUGAUUUAUCAUCGAAGAACGUGUGUGUGUGGGUAGUUUUUUUUCCCCCAAUUGAAAUAGAGAAAGUCAUGGGGUCAUUGAGACACGAGUCUCGCCAUUUGCUUUACCCACCCCAGCAUCAACAACGCAACAGUCCAGUGCCUUCUACGAAUUCUUCUUCCGCCACGAUGACAUCUCCAAUUUCCGUGCUGGCUACUCAGUUGAAGAAUAGCACAUCAUCGAGUCCGUCUGUUGCAGUGUUGACCGGAUGUACUGGUGGUGGUAAAGAGCCGAUGAAUAACAACGAGUCGAUGGAUUCAGGGGUGGCUGGUCUUCGCGAUGGUUUGACGACGCCCCAUGGGGGAUCGCCCACUUCCGCUACAAGCAGCAGUAGCACAUCCAGCAGCAGUCAUGUUCUGCUCAACCACCAUCAUAUUCUUUCACCACAUCAUCAGAUGGUUCAACAACAAUCGUCUUCCUCUGCUCUGGCAACUACCCCGUCAUCCACUUUGCUUCUACCUCCAGUCCAUGAUGAUGGACUUCAGUAUAUCGUCGAUCGGAGCAAAAAUACAACUUACCUUAAAGGCAGAUUCCUAGGAAAGGGCGGAUUUGCACGGGUCCACGAACUGACGGAUUUGACGACUGGACAUGUCUACGCGGGUAAAAUCAUCCCUAAAUCGCGCAUCACCAAACCUCACCACAAAGAAAAGAUUGCCAGGGAAAUUGAACUUCACAGAAACUUGGUUCACCCUAACGUCGUCCGCUUUUAUCAUUGCUUCGAGGACUCGGAUAAUGUCUACAUCAUUCUGGAGAACUGUUCCAAAAAGAGUUUGGUGCACGUGAUGAAACACCGAAAGACUUUGACGGAGCCCGAAGUUCGAUUCUAUUUACGCCAGCUGGCCGACGGCCUCCGUUAUGUCCACGGUGCCCGUAUUGUCCACCGCGAUCUCAAGCUGGGCAACAUGUUUUUAUCCGAGAACAUGACGGUGAAAAUUGGCGAUUUCGGAUUAGCCGCUCGGCUUCAUGCCGAAUCUAAAGUGACGAUAUGCGGAACGCCAAACUAUAUCGCUCCGGAAGUUUUGAGUCGUCAAGGACACGGAUACGAAGCGGAUCUCUGGGCCAUGGGAUGCAUCAUGUACGCCAUGUUGGUUGGCCAGCCGCCAUUCGAGACGUCUACAUUGGCAGAGACGUACUCUAGAAUUGCUCACAAUAUGUAUGUGAUUCCACAGUGGGUGUCGCGGCCCGCUCGUUCAUUGAUCCGUCAAUUACUGGCUCCCGAUCCAGCUCAUCGGCCAACGCUAGACCAGGUGCUCAAGCACGAUUUUUUCACGAGUGGCUUCAUGCCCGCCUCAUUGCCGCCGUCGUGCUGCUCAAAAGCGCCGACGUUCGCCUCCAACGACAGUGGCAUCAGAUCUGAUGGAGAUUCCACUAAUGAAAAUACCAGUCCGGUAACGCAUCACCUUCGCGUCCCGUCUAGUUUUCAAGGCAACAGAUCGCGCCCGGAAUCCGUCAAGGUUCCGAGCAAUGGUAAUAACCAGAGUCAAAAGGAUCAACGCGUUGCCAGAAGUCACAGUCUGAAGGAGACGCCGGCUUGUCGGAAAGAGAAGAAAGAGGCUCAACAACAGCAGCAGCAACAACAACAACAACAACAGCAGAGGGGUCUUCCAGGGUCUUUAAAGCAAAAGAUAACCAACGUGUUGUGCCCCGAUCGCGACGACCACAAUAAAGAACAAGGCGGAAGGGUUGGUCCACCUCCUGCCCCAACGUCUUCAGCACCUGCCGUACAACAACAACAACCGUCCUUGUAUUCUGCCUUAGAUUCUUGCCUUUAUCACGCUGCACAAGUUCCGUCGAACCCGUGCGCCGUGCCGUGUAAUCCGCUCUUCAUCUCCAAAUGGAUCGACUACUCCAACAAAUAUGGCUUCGGUUUCCAGCUGUCAGACCGGGCUGUGGGCGUCCUCUUCAAUGACAGCACUAGGAUAAGCUACUCUGGCGACAGGAAUCGCUUGGAUUUCCAAGACUCUACCGGGAAGACGAGUAGUUACAGUCUGAAUGCUCUUCCAUCGUAUCUGGUGGAACGAUUGACUCUCCUUCGCUAUUUCGCCCAAUAUAUGGAUGAGAAUUUGACGGAAGGAGGCGACAGCCAACAACAGCAACAGGACCAGGCGUCGUCGUCGUCAACGACGUCGCCCGCACACAGACGCCGAUCGUUCGUCCACAUGAAGCGUUGGGUUCGCACGCCCAAGGCUAUCAUUAUGCAAUUAGAUAACAACACGCUGCAGAUCAAUUUUUUUAAGGAUCACACGAAGAUCGUUCUUUCGGCCGACACGUCAUCGACGUCGGCCGUCACCCAGUACUGGGUAACGUACAUCAACAGUGAGCGAUUGAGCGCCACGUAUCGUUUGGUUGACAUUUCGCAGCUCGGCUGCGAGUCAACCCUGCGUGAGCGGCUCGUCUUUGCGCUGACGGUAUUGCGAGAAUUCGCCGAAUUGGACGGGGAUAAAGUUUGAUCUCUCUCUCCGCCUCAUAGGAUAUUUAAAAGAAAAGCGAAACCACAUGAAAAGGAAAAUGUUUAUCCACAUUUGUGUUCAAUCACGUAGCACCACAACUACCUUCUUACCUCUAAAAAAGGAGCUCUUUUCAAUAUUUCUUCUUCAUCUAUCCCUAAAUGCAAAUCAUCGACACAAUUUUGAAAAAAAAAAAAAAAAAAGGGAAAAGCUUUCCAAUGUCGCGUUCAUUGAUCUCGUUUCGCGACCCUUCCUUCCUUCUUUACCCUUAUUUGUUUCUUCUUCUUAUUUUUCGUGUUAUGUUUUCCAAAAUAAUGAUGAUUCGAAUUCUUCCAAAUUUUGCUUCUUUGCACACCUUUUCUUAGUAAGAAAUCAUGUUCAUCUUGGAAAUUUGACUUUCGAUUGAUUUUUGUUUAUUUUUUUUUGGCCUUGAUUUGUUUUUCCCUGUUGUACAUCAGCAUUGUCUUUCUCUUGCCUUGAUUUGUUGUCUAUUCUCCCUAAGAAGCUAAAAUGUUAAUCAUGAUAUUGAUACAAAUUUCAUCGCCCCUCGCUAGCUGGUAAAAAAAAAAACAAUGACGAGCAUCCCCUCUCACACCCCAUUCAUCCAUCCCCACUUCUCCAUUAGCCCAGCUAGUCAAUUCUGUCAUUUUUCUUUCCUCAUCUUCCAGUAGAAAAAUUCAUCACGCUAUUUUUUUUUCUCUCUCUCUCUCAUUAUGUUGUCCCGUUUUUCUUUAGUUUUCUUUAAUUUUUCUAACAAAAAAUAAUCCCUGAAAAGUCUUUCAUGAGAAAAAAUCGAAACGAUGGUCAACUCCCCCCCCCAUUUUUGUGUCCGUUUUGACUUGGGAGGUUUACAGCAACAACAACAAGAAGAAGAAAAAAAAAGGCCAUUGUUCGCUUUGGUUAAACACUCGACCCCUUAUUUCGUUUCUCAUUCUAUGUGUGCAUGUUUCCGGUCUUUUUCCCUCUCCAUCUCUUGUAUGUUUCGCCGGUUUACGUGUGAGAAGAAAAGUAAGUGAAAAAAAAAAAACAAAUCAAAUAAGAAAAAAAAAAAAAAGUAAGAGGAAGAAUUUUUGUGUGUGUGUGUGGGUGUGUACUAAUGUAACACCCACAAGCACCAGAAAAAAAGCCGUAACCAAGGAAUCAAGAACAUAUCGUGAGUUUGCGUGGGGCUAUAUUAGAAAUUUAUAUCCCGACAUUUUCGGUCGUGUCGUCCAUCUGUUAUAUGGGAAGGGGGGGGGGGGGGGAAUUGCAAAAAAAAAAAAAAAUUGUUUUUGUUUUUGUGUCCAAUUUUGUCUUUCGUGCUGGCGUCCCUCUUUGAAUUGCGACGUGAAUGGGCGAAAUUGAUCGUGUUUUCCGCGAUCGUGUUUUGUUUUUUGUAUCCAAUUCUUUCGAUGUCAAUCGGUAUCAAUUCGAAAUGUCCCUUUCACUCCUUUUUUAUGUUUUUCUUUCUAUGUUGAUCCUCACGAUCGAGAAAUCGAAAACGAUGAAAAAUGAUCGAGUUCUGAUUUUUGUGUGUGUAAUUCCUUUUUUUUUUUUGUUGUGUUAUUUUUUUGUUUGUUCCCGCGUGCUAUUCGCUAGCGCACGGUCCAGCCAUUUCGAUUCUACAACCGAUUGAAGUGUUGUUUCGCUCAGCGCCCUCCUCUCCUCAUCCCCCCUCUCGGUGUAAUCGACAAAUGAUGAUUGCGUGUGAGAGUUUAAAUAAAAUACAAAACUUGUUCCGCUCGUCCAA